AGCUGCGCUGAAAUGCAAAUUUUUCAAAUUUUAUCCCGAUCUCAAGUUUGUCGAGACAUUUAUUAACUCCAAUUUGGCUUGUGAGUAGGACUGCAAUGGCUCUUUCAUUUGCAUCUUCUACUGUCCUUCGCCUUUGAGGCUUUUAACCCUGAGAACCGUGCGCCAAAUGCAGUGAACUACGCGUCAACAGCAACAAGACCGUGCCCAGAUGAAUGAAAUCUUAAUAAUUGAUCUUCACUCCUGCUUUCCGAAAAUUGUGUGAAUAUGAUCGAGUACGAACGCCUCUCUUACAAAAGAGAGCCGGACCUCCACAACCGAUGCUGCAAUGGCAUGGUUUGGUGCAUCAAGGACAUAUGCGGCAUCAUUUGUGCUAUCAUGACUUGGAUGCUAAUUUUGUAUGCAGAAUUCGUGGUGGUCUAUGUGAUGUUGCUGCCGAGCCCAUAUCCCAUCUACUCGACCAUCAACCUGGUUAUUUUUCAGUUGUUUGCAUUCCUGGCCUUUGCUUCUCAUCUGCGCACCAUGUUCACUGAUCCGGGAGCUGUGCCUAAAGGAAAUGCCACCAAGGAGAUGAUAUCCAUGAUGGGAUUCCGAGAAGGGCAGGUAAUUUUUAAAUGCCCAAAGUGUUGCAGCAUUAAGCCUGAACGAGCUCACCAUUGUUCAGUUUGUCAGAGGUGCAUCAGGAAAAUGGAUCAUCACUGUCCAUGGGUGAACAACUGUGUUGGAGAGAACAACCAGAAAUACUUUGUCUUGUUCACAUUCUACAUAGCUUUAAUUUCCAUACACGCUCUCUUCUUGUCGGUGAACCACUUCAUCUUCUGCAUUCGCCACGAGUGGAAGGAGUGUUCGGUGUAUUCGCCACCAGCUACGGUUGUAUUUCUUUUGUUCCUCGUGUUUGAAGCUCUUCUGUUCGCUAUCUUCACCGCAGUCAUGCUAGGAACCCAAAUGCAGGCCAUCUGGCACGAUGAAACGGGCAUAGAACAAUUGAAGAAGGAGGAAGCACGGUGGGUAAAGAAAAGUCGGUGGAAGAGCAUCCAGUCGGUGUUUGGUCGCUUCUCGUUGGCUUGGUUUUCGCCUUUCUCCAGCCCACAGCUGCGCAGCAAAGUGGAGUCGUAUUUGCAUUCGGUCUGAUUUUGUAAAUUCCAGAUGGCCAUUUCAGUGGCAAGAGUUCAAAUUUUGUACUUGAUUCCAGCAUUCAUGUGUAUCAUUACCACCAAAAAUUAUCAAAUAUAUCUAGAUGUGUGUGUAUUUCACCUGAAAGUAUUGGGGAGAAAAAUUGUAUUUCCCUAUUUGUAGCUUGCGCAUUUGAAAAUUGAUGUCCCCUCAACUGCAGACACGAUUACGUUGUUUCUAAGACACAGUUAUGAGGAUGCAGAUUGUGUUAAUACCAAGGCAACUCGAAUUCAACCUCGCAAUGACAAUAAUGCAGUUUUGAAAUGCGAUGAUUGGAACCUGAAAUUUUGUUGGUUUGCUAAAUUUAAUAUCAGGCACACAUUGAUAUACUUAUAACUGCUUCCUACAAGUCACAAUAAUCACAAUCAUAAAAUAUCUGCGAGCUUUUCACGAUAAACCAAGUGUCCGCGAUGUUAUUCUCCUGUUCAACAUAGAAGGUGGAGGAUCAUGUCAAAGGUCCCAUUUACGCUUGUAGGAAUUAUGUAUCAUCAAAAAUAAUAUCGACUCUGCAAGAAUUUCACUGACAACGCUGCUGAACAUUAUCGUUUCCAUGCAAGUGAUUUUGGUUGCUGUAUUAUAUCUGAGACUUACUUAAAAUGAGUUAGUGUACAUAUAUUUUGGUCCUCUGUUGUUGUUAAAUUUUUGUUGUCUUCUUAAUUAUUCAUUGUGUACUGAUUGUGUAUUACUAAUGAGAAUAAUGAAUGUAUUUGCUUCAGUAUUUCAUUCUUCGCGACUUGUUGGUGAUAUUAUAUUUUACUUACAGCAAAUUUAGUGAUUGUAAAUCAUGCUUUUCUUUUCAUUUUUAUUUUAGUCCUAAAUAAAUGUGCUGAGAAGAA